AUGUCAUCGAACCAGGAGCCAUUGGUAGAAGGCAAGAUCAAGGACAAGCAUUCUGAGACACACGGAUUUGAGGUUGAUGUGAACCAGAUGAUGGACACGAUGAUCAAGAGCGUGUACUCGUCCAAGGAGCUGUUUCUCAGGGAGCUGGUGUCGAACUCAAGUGACGCCUGCGACAAGCUCAAGGCGCUCUAUUUCCAGCUCCGAGAGAAGGGAUGUGUGCUUGAUCCCGUCACAUCCCUGGGGAUUGAGAUUAUUCCGAACAAGGAUAACAGGACGCUGACGAUCAAGGAUAACGGGAUUGGGAUGACGAAGCCCGACCUGAUGAACUUCAUUGGAACUAUUGCAAGUAGUGGAACCAAGAAGUUCAGAGAGGAGAUGAAAGAGAAAGGGAACUCUGCUGAUGCCUCCAACCUGAUUGGGCAGUUUGGUCUCGGGUUCUACUCCUCGUACCUUGUGGCCGAGAGGGUUGACCUGAUAACCAAGCACCCCUCUGACGAGGCGCUUGUGUGGACGUCCACUGGAAGGGACGUGUACACAAUAGAGGAGUAUGAUGGAGAGCCGUUUGCACAUGGGACGUCACUGGUGCUGUACAUCAAGGAAGGAGAGGAGGAGUUCCUCGAUCCAAAGAGGAUCAGUGAGAUAGUGAAGAAAUACUCUCUGUUUGUGUUCUAUCCUAUUUACACGUAUGUAGAGAAGGAGAUUGAGGAGCCGGAGGAAAAGAAGGAUGAAGAGAAGGAAGAUGAAAAGGUCGAGGAGGAGACGGCCGAGCCGAGGGUUGAGGAGGUACGGGAGAAGAGACUGAAGAAGGUUACCGAGCGGGAGCAGAUCAAUGUUGAGAAGCCGUUGUGGAAGAGAAACAUAAAGGAGGUUCCUGAGGAAGAGCUGAAGAGCUUCUACAAGACGGUUUCCGGAGACUGGGACGAUUUCCUCGCGGUUGACUUCUGGCAUAUUGAGGGGCUUCUGUCGAUUGAGCUUCUGAUGUUUAUUCCGAAGAGGGCAAGAUUCGACAUGUUCAAUAAGAACAAGAAGAACAACAACAUCAAGCUGUACUGCAAGAAUGUGUUUGUGACUGAUGACUUUGGAGAUGCUAUUCCGGAGUGGAUGUCGUUUGUCAGCGGGGUGGUUGCCUCUGAUGACAUUCCCAUGAACAUCAGCAGGGAGAUGAUCCAGGGGACAAAUGUGAUGAAGCUUGUUAAGAAGACUCUCCCACAGAAGAUCUUUGAAAUGAUAGGGAAGCUUGCUCUUGAUGCCGAGAAGUACAAGACAUUCUAUAAGGAGUUUGGAAAUUGUCUGAAGAUGGCGAUUGGAGAGGCAAGCGAGGGGCAGCAGGACGGAUACGCCAAGUGCCUGAGGUACUUCACCACGAAGAGUGGGGAAGAGGCCAUAUCACUGGACACGUACGUGGAGAGGAUGGCGCCAAACCAGAAGCAGAUCUAUGUGAUAACUGGGCUCAGCAAGGAGCAGGUCAAGUCGAAUCCGGCCCUGGAUGCAUUCCAGAAGUACGAGGUGAUAUACAUGCAUGAGGUGAUGGACGAGGUCAUGCUCCGAGGGCUCAAGAAGUACAAGGGGCAUACUAUCCAGAGGAUAACAAGCGAGGGCGUUGAGCUUCCCGAGGACGAGGCAAGCAACGAAGAGGUUGUCAAGUCGUUUGAGGAGUUCUGCAAGAAGGUGAAGGACAUUCUUUCCAGCAAGGUUGAGAAGGUUACUGUGAACCCAAGGCUUGUGAGCGUUCCUGCGGUCAUCUCCACCACCAAGUACUCUCUGUCUGGAACCAUGGAGAACAUAAUGAAAUCCCAGCCUGUUACCGAGGCAAACCCGUUUGCAGCCAUGACAGCGGUCAGCAAGAAGAUCUUUGAGAUGAAUCCAAACCACCAGCUUGUCAAGAAUCUCAAGGCGCUCUUCGACAGUAACGAGAUCGAGAAGAUGAAUAGGAUCUUGGAGGUGUUUUUCGAGACGGUUCUUAUUCACAAUGGGUUUGUACUGUCUGACCCCAAGGGAUUCUGCGCCAACGUCUUCGACUUCCUCUGCUCCGAGGAGGUGAGGUGCGAAGAGCCCGUUGAGGAGGUCCAGUGA